AUGCACCAAAAGCAGGAUCAGACCAUAGUGCUGAAAGCCACGUCAUCAUGUACAAAGCUCGUACCAUUCAUUCACUCGGUGGCACAUUCCGUCCAACAUUUUUUCGUACCUCGAAAAAAUCUACACCACGUUGUGUCCCGCUUUCUUUUAACCAGCUCCACCCAAUUUCAAUGCUCAAUUUUUGAAAUUUUACUGAAAAUCGAUGGACUUGGCGUGGUGCCAAGUUCUUGGAUUUCUGGUUGGAAGGAUCUGGAAUCUGAAGUCUUGACACGUGUCGGAGCCCGUAAUGAGCUGGAAUUCGCAAUGGCUCAAGUCUACGGAGCUGUGCUGAAUUUCCAUAGGAACCGCGCCUAUUUUGUGAAGGAUAUGCCGUUUGUGGAGGAUUUGAUAUCCGACACCGCCACCACGAUCCGUCCACUUUUGGAGCUCUGCGAAAUUUCGGAUUUAGCAAUUGCCGAGUGUAUAGAGUGGAAAAGAAGCAACGAAGAGCAAAUUGCUCAGAUUUGGGAUACUGUAGAUUUGAGUCCGGAUGACGUGGCAAGAGUUCAACAUUUGAAGGAAUUAUUGUGUCAAGACGUGUUUUUUCAUUAAUUUUUAAUUUUUUUGUUGUUGUUGUUGUUGUGAUAUUAUGUAGAAUACACAAAAUUUGAAAUAAAAUCAUUUUAAAAAUUC